AGGCUCCGGUGGCUUCCCUGCUGCGUUUGAUGGCACGGCCUGAGCCCUGCUCCUUAACACGGGGCCUCUAACGAGCUUUGCGUGGCCGUGCCGUGGGUCUGGGCAGGGCUAUGGACAUCGGGUGCUGGUGCCGGAUUAACUGCCUGGAUUAGGGGAUGCUCAGCGGGAGGGGGCCCGGCGCCAGCCACUGCCAUGGGAAGCGACAGAAACUGCGGGGUUUUCCUUAACCAGCGGCUGCGGGAGCUGCCUCCAGCGCUGCCUGGAUUGGGCCACAGCGGGGAUGGAGCCAGGAGCCCGGGUGCUGCCCUGCAGGCACCAGGGGUUGGGGUGCUCCAAGGCAUCGCAUGGGGAGGGGGCAGGUGGGGACAAGCCACCCAUCCCCAGGGCCAGCCGGGGCUGUGGGACUGGUGUCCUGGCAUCCCCUCACUGCCAGGAUGUGGGAAUUGGGCUGUGAAGGUCUCGGCUGUGCUGGGGGAAGUGGGUUUAGGACGGGAGCCAGCACUCGAGUUAAUGCCUCCUGCUAUGGAUCCAAUGGGCUCCCUGCCUCUCGCGGAGGAGAGGAGGUGGGAGCUGCAGGAGGUGGGUUUGUUCUCGUCCCCCUACCCUCAUCCUUGACUCCCACUGGACACGGCCAUGGAGCCUGUGCGGAUGCGGCUGAGCACUGUCACCGCAAGCAGCGGAAACUCCCCCUGCCCGGGGCCGGGCGAUAGCUCACCGGGUCCUGGCUUCUCCUCCACCCCUUCUGGUUCCUGGAUGGGGAGGAUGCACCAUGGAGUGGGCGAGGGGGCAGGCGGGAGUGCUGCCUUCCUCCUAUGGGCUGCUCGCUGCAGGAUGCUCAAGGGAUGCUCAAAGGAUGCUGGAGGGAUGCUCAAGGGAUGCUCAAGGGAUGCUCAGGCUCCCCUCUGGGUGUGAUGGCCCCACGGUGGCUCUGUUAUCUGCAUCUCUUGGAGGUGGAAGGUUCGAUUUUAGCUGUACAAGGAUGGUGGGACCGGAACUGCUGCCUGCUCUGGGGCUGAUGGGGGGGUGCUGGGGUCGGGGUGGCAUUGCCAGCCCCUGCCUGCCUCUUCCAGUGUAAGUGGCCAUCCCCAGCUCUUUGGGGAUGUUGGCAUCAGGAACGCACUUGGGGUUGUUCUGCUGAGCCCCAGGGUCACUGUCACUGUCACUGGAAGCUGGCAGUGGUGGUGGGGGGACACAGGCACUGCUGCAGCCCCCAGGGCCUCAGCAGGGAGCUGUUUGCCAGCAGCUGCUGUGGAUUUGCAGCUCACUGGAAAAUCCACUCAUCCCAUUAAGGGCUCCCGGUGGCUUUUGCUUUCCAUCGCAGAUACCCGGUUGUCCCAGGGGAACAGCCCUGGGGUGCUACCGGCGCUCUGCCAGGAAGAGUCCUGGCUGCAGAACAGGGACUGAUUUGUUGUACGAGGGAUUAUUGGGCUGAGAGGAGAGAGAUUCAUCCCACUUGCCCAGCCUCGCCAGCGCCGGGAUGAACGGGACAGCCAACGUCAACCCUGCCGCCCGCAGCCACUUCGCCUCUGCCAUCCCGGUGCCCCGCGCUAUGGCCCAUGGCAAACCACACACUGUGCCCCCCCCCAGCACCACGGCCCCCCCCGUGUCCCCCAGGGCUCUGUCCCCCCAGCCAGCCCCCGGCCCCAGGACCCUCAAACCCAAAGGCAGAGCUGCCGAGGGCACUGGGGGCAGCCCCGGUGUCCCCCGCCGUGGGGGGCAGAAGGUCCCAGCGAGACCCCUGGUGCCCCCCGGGAAGUGGCCAGAAGCAGGGGGCAGUGGGAGGAGAGGGGCAGGCAGGGCAAGGGAGCCCCCUGAGCUCCCCAAGGCUCCCCCAGCACAGGGCAGGGCUGGGGGGCGGCUGGGGGCUGGCCCUGGGAAGGGCAGUGGGGUGACCGUGGCAGGGAUGGGGGAUGAGCCCCACAGUGGCUCGCAGGGGAGGGGUCCUGUAUUUGGGUCGGGGGCCAUCACCUUCUCCUCGGGUGCCCCACACAAUCACCCCGUCACUGCCACCGUGGCACCCUUCCAGUACCGGCUGCAGGAGCGCCGGGAGGAGGGUGACGAGUGCCCUGGACCUGACCCCGACCCCAAACCUGGAGGCCCAAGUGAGUCCAGGGGGGUUUGCUGGGGAUGGGGGGGGGGGUCCUGCAGGGGGGGCAGGGGGUCGUGUGGAGCUCAGACCCCCGCGGGCAUGUGCUGGAAUGGAAUCCGAGGGGGAACCCCCACAUAAGCUGUGCCCCAAUUCCUCUGGGAAUGACAUGGCUGCAGCUCCCGUAUCCAGUGACUCCCACGGCUAAAAACCUACAACCAGAGGCAUCACCAAACCCAGGUGCAGGAGCCACCUUGGCAUCCCCC